UGUUUCACAGGCAAGAAGAGAAACCCUGGGCUGAAAAUUCCUAAAGAAGCAUUUGAGCAACCACAGACAAGCUCCACGCCACCCAGAGAUCUAGACUCCAAAGCCUGCAUCUCUAUUGGCGAGGAGAACUUUGAGGUGAAAGCCGAUGACCUGGAGCCCAUCUCCGAGCUGGGACGAGGUGCGUACGGGGUGGUGGAGAAGAUGCGGCACAUGCCUAGCGGGCAGAUCAUGGCCGUGAAGCGGAUCCGAGCCACAGUGAACAGCCAGGAGCAGAAGAGGUUAUUGAUGGAUCUGGAUAUCUCCAUGAGGACGGUAGAUUGCCCCUUCACUGUCACCUUUUACGGUGCACUUUUCCGAGAGGGAGACGUGUGGAUUUGCAUGGAGCUGAUGGAUACCUCACUGGACAAAUUCUACAAACACGUCAUUGAUAAAGGCCUGACGAUUCCUGAGGACAUCUUAGGGAAAAUAGCUGUUUCUAUCGUAAAAGCACUAGAACAUCUACACAGUAAGCUCUCCGUGAUCCACAGAGAUGUAAAGCCCUCUAACGUGUUGAUCAAUACGCAGGGGCAGGUGAAAAUGUGCGAUUUUGGAAUUAGCGGUUACCUCGUUGACUCGGUUGCUAAAACCAUGGAUGCAGGAUGCAAACCCUACAUGGCUCCUGAAAGAAUUAACCCGGAGCUGAACCAGAAGGGGUACAGCGUCAAAUCUGAUAUCUGGAGCCUGGGGAUCACAAUGAUCGAGCUGGCCAUCCUGCGCUUUCCCUACGACUCCUGGGGGACGCCCUUCCAGCAGCUCAAGCAGGUGGUGGAGGAGCCAUCGCCACAGCUCCCAGCAGAGAAGUUCUCGGCAGAGUUCGUCGAUUUUACCUCGCAAUGCUUGAAGAAGAAUUCCAAAGAACGGCCAACAUACCCAGAGCUUAUGCAACAUCCUUUCUUCACCCUGCACGAAUCCAAAGAGACAGACGUCGCCUCUUUUGUCAAACUCAUCCUGGGAGACUGAGAACUGGACUUGUAAAUGAAUUGCCCUUCUGUGGACUGGUGGGUGCAGGGGAGGGGCGCGUGGCAGGACUUGUCAUGAAAGCACCAACAGAAA